AAAAAAUUAAUUUUGCUAUGAAGGUGUUUACAGAAACCUAAAAAAAAUAUGUCGGAUUUUGAUGAAGUCGGUGCUAAUGCCGAAAGUGAUUUGCCUGUUUUGCUCGCAAAUUUGAAAAAGGCAUGUGGACUUUGGUUCCAUAAUGGCUUUGCAGUUUCCGAGAAACUAGCUGGUGAAAAAACAAAUUCAUCCUAUGACAACAUAACAACAACCACGGUGGAGAUAUUGCGUCAUGGAUUGCGCUUAACUCCGGAAGAUGCUGUGAUGCCAAAGAAUUUCUCGCCCGCUGACUUGCCUAGAGAAAAAGAUUCCUUAUAUAAAUUAGAUGGCUUGAAAAAACUGAUGGAUGAUUUUGAGUGGGUUUGCCGAUCAGCACAGAUUCGUGAUUCCCUGCCAACGGAUUUCUCGGAACUAUCUGCUUUGUCAAAUAAAAAGCAUCAGCAAGAUUCAUUAUUUACUGUACAAGAUUAUAAAUGGUUUUUUGAUUCUUGGGUACGACGUAAUCUUAAGGCAAAUUGUUUGAGUGUUUGUCUUCAGUUGCUAGUAGCAGAAAACGAACUAUUGAAUGCAUAUUACAAAGAAAAUGCUUUCCUGCGAAAUGAAGUGUACUCAACAGCGCUUAUCAUUUGUUUGUCGGCUGUGGAAUUAAAUCAAUACAGCUUGUUGAGCCAAAUUGAAACACAGCUUUAUAGUGUUACAUCCUCCAUAGCUGCCGUUUCUGCCUUACCGGGUUUGAAACACAGACGUACUACAUCACACUCUGUAUUCUCUAUUUCGCCGCCUAAGCACACAAAGGUUUGCGAAACAGACGUAAUGAACGAGCCGCAAUUUAAUAUAGAAAAUAAAGACGACAUAACGACAACCCAAAAGACUGAUACCCCCAACUCGUCAUCUCAACUCAUCGUUCCUGCUGUAUCGACAUUUCGAAAGACCAAAAGCCUUCCCGCUUUGCAACACAAACCUUGUGUAUUUUUUGAUUCUUUUAACGAUGAAAAACCGAGACCGCGAUGCAAAACAAUGGUUAGCACACAUCUGAAAACUAGUUCACCACAAGAUAUUCUAUCACCGAUUAAGGCGAUCUCUACUACGUCUGUCAGUGAGAAUGCAUCGCAUAUAGCAAAUGAUGAAUACUUUUCCAAUUCAAAUACGACCACAAAUACGACAACCACAACGGGUUCAUCGUACUGUGGCAGCGAUUUAGCUGAUAUGGCCCUUCCCUCCACAUCUCUUCAAAGUCAACAGAAAUAUUUUUUAUUAACACCAUCUUCAACGCACACACAGCCCACAGCUUCUUCCUACGCGUCAAGUGAUUGUCGAAUUGAGUUAAUUAACUGUGAUGAUAUUAAAAUCUGGACCGAUCAAGCCUACGAUGAAACUCAAAACCAACAAACUGGACAGCAGGAAGAAGCGCCAACUACCGAGCCGUGUACCAUUCCACAGAGGUUGGAACCGCUGAAACAGAAAGCGAAAAGCGCAAGUCCAAUCGGCAGUUUCCUAUGCAACCUUUUCAGUACUCCGCCAACAUAUACCCAUUGGUCAAUUCUCAAUCAAACCGGUAGCAGUUGCGGUCUCAAUUCAGAAGACACCGAAGGCAAUGCUGUCGCUGCUGUAUUUCCGUGUACUCUAGUACAACCUGCGGAUAUUUCGUCGAGCUCGACAGGUGGUAUGUUCGAUGCAUUUAUGCCUGUUUGUGGGAAAAAAUUACGAUCGCGAAACUCCCAAAGUCUAUUCGAGGACAGCAUUAGCACGCUUGAUUAUAAAUCUCCCACCAAUGAAUCUUCAAACACAACAUCAUUGGAAAAUGCCGCCAAACCAACUAAGGUUCCUAAAAAGUUAUCAAAAUGUCAACAAAGUUUGACUGAUUUUUUGCAAACUUCGCAAAUGUCUCGAAAUAAUACCGACUUGGAAAAGGAGAACGCUCAUUUUCGAGUAUCCGAAGCUAUAAUUUCAGCAAUAGAACACAUAAAAUGGGAUAACAGCAAGGAUCCGGAGAAAAAAUGGCGUCGGAGAAGAGACGUAGUUCGAUCAGCCGCAGCUGCAUCCGCCACAGAUUGCUUAGCUCCAGAUGGCAAGGAAAAAAAUGGUUAUCGACCAAAUUUUGAGACAGAGUCUUCUUACGAUGAAUCCAGUGAGCACAUUCCUUAUGCAGAAUUAGGCGAAAGUUGUCUUGAUUUACUCUCCGCAGAAGUGAUAGGCCUUUCAAUAAUUUCGAAAUUUAGUGACAAACAUCUUCCGAAAGUAUCAGAGCUGAAAUGGCUAGUCUCGGAGGAAGAUACGCCACAACAACUCCUACCAAUGCCUGAUGAUAGCCCUACAGCGAAUCCUGAUGAAAAUGUUAUACGCCCAAUCACACGGGGUACUCGCUAUUGGGCACCACCACGUCAACAAAUUAUCUUCACGGAUCAUCCAUCGGCGAGUCGUAAGGAGUUGAUAUUGAAACAGAACAGCCGCUGCGCAGGAUGUGGAAUGCGAGUAUCACGGCAAUAUAUCAAUAGCUUUCGAUAUUGUACGUAUCUCGGCAAGUAUCAUUGUACCGGUUGUCAUCGCAAUCAAAUAUCACCGAUUCCUGCAAAAAUUUUACGAUCCUGGGAUUUUAAGUGCUAUCCAGUAAGUGUUUUUUCCUAUCGUUUGUUGGAACAGAUGUACACGUAUCCCUUAUUCUAUGUACCGGACUUAAACCCUGUGCUUUACGUCGACAAUAAAGCACUGCUAUCUGCUCGGAGAAAACGGAUCCACCUACAAUUUGUCAAAGAUUUUAUAAAAACUUGCCGAUUCGCAGUCAGAGAUCACGUAUACUUUGAAAGCAUACCUGAACACAUAACGAAUGAUCCAGACAUUUGGUCACUAUCAGACUUUAUUGAUGUGCACAAUAAGAGUAUGCAGCGCUCCAUUGACCAACUAAUCGAGAAAUGCGAACAUCAUAUAUUUAACUGUGUGCUCUGCACUGCCCGCGGCUUCCACUGUGAGUACUGCCAGAAGGAUCAGGUAAUUUAUCCAUGGCAGCCUAAAGUAUUUCGCUGUGAUUGCUGCGGAUCAUGCUUUCAUUUAAACUGCUGGAAAUUGAUGUCAAAUACAUGCUGCAGAUGCCAAAGAAUCAACAAAAGGCAGGAGAUUGCAGUUAUUUGAGACGCAGCUCAAGCGCCAGCUUUGAAUAUGCGGAUGUACCUUAACUCGAAUUUGUAUACGAUAAAAAAAAGUUGUGGUCUUGCGUGUUUAAACACAAAUUUUUA